GCGGCCGGGCUGUGAGGAGCGGCGUGCAGCCGGACCGGACCGAGCCUAUGAGGCGGGACGGCGGGACCGCGGGACCAUGACACCGAGCGCCGAGCCGCGGCCGUGACACGCGCAGCAACAUGAAGACCCCCAUGCGUCACGGGGUGGCCGUGCUCCUCGUCCUCCUCCUGUGCGCCAGCCUCUUCCUCGUCUACAACGGCAGCUUCAACGGCGCUUCCAGGGACGCCAACGACACUCGCGCCCGGCAGCACGAGCAGCCGCGGCGGCCCACCGGAGCCUCGGUCGGGGCGGCGAAGCCUCACCCCCCGGCCCUGCAGGGCUACAGCGGCAUCAUCGACCACAAGCCUCUCAGGAUGCACUGCAGCACGUGCGCCCUGGUGACCAGCUCGGGCCACCUGAUCGGCGGCGGCCGCGGCGACGAGAUCGACCGGGCCGAGUGCGUCAUCCGCAUGAACGACGCCCCCACCGCCCGCGGCUACGGCCGCGACGUGGGCCGGCGCACCUCGCUGCGCGUCAUCGCCCACUCCAGCAUGCAGCGGGUGCUGCGCAGCCGCCACGAGCUGCUCAACGCCAGCCAGGACACCGUCUUCGUCUUCUGGGGCCCCAGCAACUUCAUGCGGCGCGACGGCAAGGGCCUGGUCUACAACAACCUGCGGCUGAUGAACCAGGUGCUGCCCAGGCUCAAGGUCUACAUCAUCUCCUGGCAGAAGAUGCUGCAGUUCGACGAGCUUUUCAAGAAGGAGACGGGGAAGGACAGGAGGAUUUCUAACUCCUGGCUGAGCACCGGCUGGUUCACCAUGACCAUCGCCCUGGAGCUGUGCGACAGGAUCAACGUCUACGGCAUGGUGGCCCCCGACUUCUGCAGGGAGCCGCAGCACCUGUCCGUCCCCUACCACUACUACGAGCCCCGCGGCCCGGACGAGUGCGCCAUGUACAUCUCCCACGAGCGCGGCCGCCGCGGCAGCCACCACCGCUUCAUCACCGAGAAGCGCGUCUUCGCCAACUGGGCACGGACGUUUGACAUCCACUUCUACCAGCCGGACUGGAGCCCGCCGCCUCUCCCGGCCAACCGGACGCUGCGGGCGGCGGCCAGCGCCGCGCCGAGCAAGACGUGACUGGCGUGGAGGACGUCCCCUCAGUCCAUCCCCGAAACUCAGAGGAUGGAAGGAACCGGUAGCGAGGGGCUUCGAAACCCCGGAACUGAAACUGACACACAAAGAAGGAAGGAGGAACCGCUGCUGCAGAUUCAGACUGACUCCUGCUGAUGCUGGUGGACGUCUGCGGCGGCGGCGGCGGCGGCGCUCUGUGUACCGGGGGGAAGAAAUACACCCCUCCUGGAGAAACCUUGUAAAUUGAGGUUAUACGAGGAGGCAGCCUCAUCACACUGCAUGCUGGGGACCCUCAUGGUGUUUGGUGUACGAGUGUGUGUGUGUGUGUGUGUGUGUGUGUGUGUGUGUGUGUGUGUGUGUGUGUGUGUGUGUGUGUGUGUGUGUGUGUGUGUGUGUGUGUGUGAGUGUGUGUCCAUGCACACGUUUACUCGAGGGAUCACAGAGAAAACAAACUUCAUACAAACUUCGCCAAGUCUCUGUUGGAUAAAGGUUCAGUGUGAUCCAGCGCCUGGAGUCUGACAGCGGCAACAUCGAGUUUCACAAGUUUCAAAAUAUCGUGGAGGCCAAGAGGGGUGUGAUGAAGUAAACUCCUGCGUCGUGCAGCAAAAGGCUGAAGCCCCUUUAAACCAGAACUAUCAAUCAGUCCUGACUCUUUAUUUGCACUGCCAUUCAUAGCGAACCCGCUCAGAUCAACCUUAUAACAGCAGCAGGCGGGAGGCCGUUCCCUCCCGCUCUGAUCCGCCUCCCGACGCAUCAUGAGGCUUUGUUGGCUCCUGUCAGCAGUUAAUAGUGCGAUUUAUACCGCUGCAAGCCGGAUCUCCAUGUAAAUGCACAGCAUGUCACACCAGACGAGGGGCAGAUUAAGACGGAGAGCGGGAAUGCAGCCGCGGCAUCCAUCCUGCCGUUUCCGUCCUCUGUUAGCCUGAAUCACCUCGCAGGAGAGUUACGGCGUCUCCCAGAAUCCCGGCUUUUUCUUUUUCUUAGACUGAUGAGUGUGUGAUCCGCCGCUCUCCCUCCCUCGGACGUAGCAGUGUGAGUAGUGAGCGGACGGAUCCAGAAGUACGACAGCGUGUUUCACGUCACACUUCCACGGCGGAGACGAGAACACAGCUGCCUCUCCGAGAUCAGGAGCAGCUGCGGCAAGCGCCGCAAGCAGGGGCCGAGAUCUCAACGCUCCGUUCCAGACGCGCACGAUUAGCGUGCAUCAGGAAAGUGGCGAGCACGGGGAUAUUUUUGGCUUUUGUUAAAGUGGAUAAAUCAUGAUAUGGCUUGCAGGGCUUCAGAGCCCUAAUUGCAUUAUAGAUGAUUCGUCUGGUCGACUAAAUGGGGGGAAAUUGUGAAAAAUGUUCAUCUCAGAUGCCUUCAGCAUCUUCAGUAGAGCGCUCUUCAGUCUCGCAGACGCAAAUUCAGUGGUUAGUGUGGUAAAAAUAAUAACCUCAACAAACCCUGAAAUUUCUCAAUUAACAUUGUUUUGAAAAAACGAACAUGACCUUUUCUGCCCAGACUUCAAGACUUAAAUGUAAAGUUGAGACCGUUUGCUGUUCCAUGUCAUCACUUGAAAUCAGUCUUAAGUGAAGCAAGCUAAUUAUAAUCGCUCCUUCAGUCGCAAUUCUGUGGUCUUCAGUCGGAACCGGGUCGUCUAUGCAGUCAUCCUCUCUGAGCCGAGCUAACUCACUGCAGCUAAGCUUAAUCCGUGGCGUCUGCGUCUGCGAGCGGCGUGCUCUCACGUCAGUCUGCAUCGGCGGCCGGUUGGACACCGAGCCGCAGCCGCAGCACUUCAAGCAUGAGGGGAGGUUUUGCCUCGGGGGCGUUCUGCCAGAAAUCCAGCCCGCGUUUUCUCCUCCUAACCCUAAAUCUUCCUGGCAGAACGCCCCGGGCCAGACGUCUCGCGUGUUCCAGUGUUCCCGGCGUGCAGCAGCGCAGCGAAUCCAGCAACCGAAUCCGAUUCAACCGCUUCGUCACUGAAUUAUCCGUUGUUCUACACACAAAACUGGCAUCAAUGGAAUCUAAACUUUGGCUCUACAGUUACGUAAAGUAAAAAUGUUCCACAUACAAUUCAGACAGUAGUUCUGUUUGCGUUCAUCUCAGAUUGUAAAUGAGGACGAGACACGGGAGGAACGUUGACUCACCUUCACCCUCCACCGGCGGAGCUGCCGUUCCCCUCCUCCGUCCUGCUCCUGACGCGACGCUGUGUCACUCUGAAAUAAUAAUGAGAGGCAGGCAGCGCUACAAGGCCUCCUCAUGACUCCCCAGAGCGCCGCCGCCGCCGCCGCGGCAUUUCGGCUGGAAGACGGCACGGCGCCGCCUCGUCGCCCGGAGGUACGGCGCAUACAUCAAGGUAACAUCCAGCGUUCGGCAGAGCGCCGCCUCCAUUUAGAAUCGGGGAACCGUUAGCAGAUCGAUAAAAUGACUUCAUUUGCAUUUAGGAUGAAUAAUGGCUCAUUUCUAGUUUUGAACCAUCAGCUUUCUGUUCGUCUUCUCAUGCAGCGCUCCAACUAAUAAUUCCAAUUAAGAACCAACCCUUUUAAACAAGCAGCAAAUCAAUGAGUAUAUAAACAGGGUUUAUGCACAUUUAUCCAGCCGUUUUAAUUACACAAUUAAUACCUACUCGGAAAAGUUUGAUAGGAAAGCAGAAAGGAGGGCACGGCCCGGAACCACGUCGGGUUUUUCUUGCACAUCCCAGCAGUAUUUAUCUAUUUCUAACGAUAUAAUUACUGAAACGAAGCAGACUGACAGCGCUGCUGAAAACAGGGCUGGAUGGAUUAACGAGCUGCAGAUAAAUUGAUUUUUGGGCCAUUGAAGUUUUUAGUGAAAGUUAUGAGGCGAUAUUUCCCGAACCACUGAGAGGCUGCUGCAUAAAGCCAAACGAUGUCUGCAGACAGGAACCGCUUCCGCCGCAAAUUUAGCUUUAUAGGUGUAUAAAUUCUCCCGGAAACCAUAUUACAACCCAACAUUACCGUCUGCAGCAAUCAACAGGAAAAUGCUUCAGUAUUAAAGACUUCUUAACGCCGGGUGUUUUUAAAGGAAGUAGAAUAAAAUCACUUGAGGAACUCCUCAAGGCCUCCGGCAGCUCAUAAAAAUCUCAGCAAGUUGUAGGAAACGUCUUUUCAAAUUUGCAGGAACUCGAGUGUUUUCUAGAAAUUUCCAUUUUUGUUAGACGAGCGGUCGUAAAGACCUGCAAAUUACCAAUCCAUAAAAACAUGAAUAUCUGAGCUGAAAAUGACUUUUGCUAUGAAAGGAACGUGUGUAAUGCUCUAUAAUGAACAAUACCAAAAAAACAGUGAGGGUCAGAGUUGAACCCUGUCCUGAACUUCAUCAGCAGAAACACGGACUGACGGUCAGGAUGAAGUUCAGCUCCUUCGAUCUCAUCAUGAAGCUUUUCCAGUGUUGCUGUCAUUUAAACA